AGUGCGCCCUCUUGCGUCACUUGUUGUCAGUCGAGUUUGUGACUGGUGCUAACCUAAAAAAUCAAAAUUUUUAAUUAAAAAUGUCGAUUAAGAGCAAAGACGAUAUUAUUCAAGCCGUGGUUGUUGCUGAUACUUUUGGAGAUGAGUUUUUGCCACUUUCGUCCGACAUCCCUCUGGCACUUUUCCCUCUAAUUAACAGACCUUUGAUUGAUUAUACUUUGGAGUUUCUGUCUCUGGGAGGCAUAGAAGAGACCUUUUUGUUCUGUUGUUCACACACAGACGCUAUAAAAGCCCACAUAAAUCAGAGUGUUAAAGACAAGGCAGGAUGGAGUCUCACGAUGAAAGUCAAUGUUAUCGUAUCGGAAAGUUGCCACUCGUUUGGCGAUUGUUUGAGGGAUUUGGACAGGAAGGGGAUUUUGAGAGGGAAUUUUGUUUUGUUGGAACCCGGGACUUUAUCCAAUAUUAAAUUGUUGCCAAUUGUUAAGAAACAUAAUGAGGUUGCUAAUAAGGACAAGGGGGCUGCUAUGACUGUAAUUUACCAGGAGGCGGGGAUUGGGCAAAUGGGGCGCGACUUGAACGAAGAAGUCGUCGUUGCUGUCAAUAAUAACAAUCGGGUUUUAUUUCAUAGAAAAUUGGGGCAAAGCAGAGACAGAAAAAUUGAAUUUCCUUUAGAAAUUUUUCUGGAAAAUUCAAACGUGUCGCUACAUCACAACCUCAAAGACACACAUAUUGCAAUUUGUUCUCCGUCAGUUUUGCCUCUCUUUUCCGACAAUUUUGACUUUCAGUCUAAAGACGAUUUUGUCAAGGGUUUACUAAUGAAUGAGGAAAUCCUCGGGAGUACGGUGUAUUGUCACGUGACGAAAGGCAGUCACUUUGGAGGGGCUAUUACCAACUGGCGGAUGUAUCAAGCAAUAAGCCACGAACUACAAAACAAAUGGAUUUACCCGUUACAACCUCCGGCUUUGAAAGCCCACAACUUGAAAAACGGUGUCGUAACAGGCGACAAAGUCGUACUAAAUGACAACAAAAAAAUUGCAAAUAGUAUUAUAGGCGAUAACGUAACAAUAGGCAAAAAUGUACAAAUUGAGCACAGUUUUAUUCUCUCUAAUACGAAAAUUGCGGACAAUGUUAUAAUCACUCAUAGCGUAAUAGGACCAAACUGCCACAUUAAAGCAAAUAGUCGGAUCACUGCUUCAAGUAUUAUCGGAAAAGACGUGGUAAUCGAAAACGAACAAUUUAUUGAAAAUAGUCUCGUCCAAUCAACUCAACCAGAAAAUUGCGAGGAGAAAGACAAAUUAGGCAAAAAAGCAUUUAGGCUGAAACUUGAGACCGACGAUGACGAUUUGGGUGCGUUAUCUCGGAAAUUAUCGCAGCUACAUAUCGGGGAUUCCCCUGUUGAAGAAUCAGAAGAUGAAGCUUUCACAGACAGUGAAGAUGAAGAAUUGAGUUAUACUCAAUCCCCAGUCCCCGACGAUACAAAAUUGUUCUUCACUGAAGUGAUAGACAGCUUAACACGAGGUUUUGAAGAUGAAUUACGUUGCGAGAAUUUAAUUCUCGAAAUAAAUUCCUCACGUUAUGCUUAUAACGUCACAGUUAAGGAGGUAAAUUUCAACGUCAUCAAAGCUAUUUUAAUUAUGUCGUUGAGAUUUCCUAUUGGAGCUCAGUAUUUCUCUCAGUUUGUGCGUUUAUUGUCAUUCUUUGCUCCGAUCCUGAAGAAUUACAUACGCAAUGAGGGGGCCAUGCUGGACUGUUUGCAAGCAAUUGAAGAUGUCGCAAUUUCGAACGAAAAUGUUAACGAAAAAUGGGUCAUGUUCACCAUGAAAUGGUUCUAUGAUAAGGAUUUUGUCACCGAGGAUGUGAUAAUGGAGUGGUCCAAAAGUUUAGAUACGAAAAGUCGGUUUUAUGGGCAAGUCAAGCCGUUCAUUGAGUGGCUGGAGGAGGCAGAAGAGGCUUCCUCAUCCGAAGAUGAUUAAAAAAAAAUAAAAAAGUGUAUUUUUAGGCAUGACCCCAGGUAUUUAUUAAAAUCGUUAAAAAAAUA